UUAAUCAGAAAAAAAAAAAAAAAACACUAAUCAAAAUGACUCAAUCUAAAGAAGUAACCGAAGAAUUGUUCGAAUGUUAUACAAAAACUGCUGAAAAUAUAAUUAUACAUUUUCAAGAAAGAGAACAGAUAAUAGAUGAUUUGAAAGAUGUUGUACAAAAGAAGUGUGAAUUAGAUACUAAAUUAAAUAUGAUUCGGGAAAUAAAAGAUGAAAUAUUGGAAAAGUAUGAUAAUAAAAUAACGGAUAAAAAUAUACCUAAAAUUAUGAAGGAUUAUGAUAAAGCUGUAUCUAAAAUGAAUGUUGAUGUAUCUACAAAUGAAAGAUUCCUGGAAUUUAAUAGAAAAUUGCAAGCAUUAUUGACCGAUGCGAAUAAAAAUCAGAACAUUGAGGAAGAUAACAGCGAUGAAGAAUUACAAUUACAAACAGAUUCCAUGAAUGUGAUAGAUCCUAUUUCAAAAGUGAGGAUAAAAGAUCCGGUUAAAAAUAUUGCGUGUGGACAUACUUAUGAUCGUCAAAAUAUUAUGGCAUUGUUAAAAGUAAAUAAAAAAACAAGGUGUCCCAUGGUUGGAUGCAAGAGUACAAAGUAUGUAGAAAUAAAAAAUCUACAAACGGAUGUUGCAAUGAAAGUAUUUCUUCAAAGGAAUCCUAUUUAAUAUUGUGACAUUAAAUGAUUUUCUUCAGACAUGCUCAAAAUAUUUCGGCGGUAUAUUCACAAAUUUAUGAUUAAUUAAAUUUCAAGGUUUUUUUUCUUUUGCAAUCCAUACCAAAUGUUUACAUAAAACAGUGUGUUAGAACACGAGUUACUUAUAUAUUAUAAAACAUAAUAAAAAAAAAAAAA